UGUUUUUUUCACGACCACCCCCCAGAAAGCAAGAAGGGAGAGAGAAGAGAUUUCACGCCAAAGCUUCGAUUUUUGUGGGCUUCGCCGUUAGAGAUUCAUUUCAGAUGCUACCAAGUGAGUCGCCGAUGCUAAUGGAUCUGUGAAAAGCAGCAGCACCUCAAGUGCGGAUUGAGAUUUUCCCGAGAAAAAAUAAAAGAACAAGAAAAUGGCUGCUGAGAAGACCGGCUCCAAAGGCCAAGCAUGGUUUUGCACGACUGGGUUGCCUAGCGACAUUGUAGUCGAAGUAGAUGACAUGACGUUCCAUCUCCACAAGUUCCCACUCAUGUCCAAAAGCAGAAGGCUCCACCAGUUGAUUACGGAGCAAGAGACAAACCCGACCACCACCCCCACCGCAACCCAAGCCCCUGCUGCCUCGGGCCGCCAUGAAGGAGGCUACGACGGGGAAGGCGAUGGAGACGAGAUAGAGGAAGUGCACUGCCACGUAACGCUCCAGGACUUCCCCGGCGGGUCCGAGACGUUCGAGAUGGCGGCCAAGUUCUGCUACGGCGUCAAGAUCGACCUCUCCGCCCUCAACGUCGCGCCCCUCCGCUGCGCCGGCGAGUUCCUCGAGAUGACCGAGGAAUACUCCGAGGACAACCUCAUCUCCAAGACCGAGAGGUUCUUGUCUCAGUCCGUGCCCAAGAGCUUGAAGGACUCGAUUCGGGCCUUGAGGUCGUGCGAGCGAGUGACACCGCUAGCGGAAUCGCUGGGAAUUCCCCAGCGAUGCGUGGAAGCCAUAGUCGCCAAGGCUUCCUCCGCCGAUCCGUCGCUAUUCGGCUGGCCUGUCGGCGACGGAGCCAAUCUGGGCCGGGUUUUAGCGAAUCAGGCACUUUGGAACGGGAUCGACACGAACAAUCGGAGGAAGAGAGAGACGAGAGGGAACAAUGUGGACUCGUGGCUCGAGGAUUUGUCACUGUUGAGCUUGGCUCUGUUCAAGCUCUUGAUCUCCGCCAUGAGAGAGGCCGAUUUGAGCUCCGAAAUCGUCGAGACCUGCUUGAUGCACUACGCGAAGCGAUACAUCCCAGGCGUCUCGCGAUCCAGCAGGAAGCCGCCAUUGCCGUCGUCCUCUUCUUCGGUACCUUCGGAGAGCGAACAGAGAGAGCUUCUGGAGACGAUAAUCACGAACCUGCCGCCGGAGAAGACGGCCUCGCGGUCUUCCGCGGCGGCGACGACGAGAUUUCUCUUCGGCCUCCUGCGUACGUCGAUCAUCCUGAACGCGUCGCAGGAUUGCCGCGCGUCGCUCCAGAGGAAGGUCGGCUUACAGCUCGAGGAAGCGACCCUCGACGACCUCCUGAUCCCGAGCUAUUCCUACCUCAACGAGACUCUCUACGACGUGGACUGCGUCGAGAGGAUCCUCGGCCACUUCCUGGACGCCGCCGGAGUCGACGGCCGCCCCGAGAGGUCGCCGGCUCUGAUGCUGGUCGGGAAGCUGAUCGACGGUUACCUCUCGGAGAUCGCCUCUGAUGCGAACCUGAAGCCAGAGAAGUUUUACAGCUUCGCGAUCUCGCUUCCCGAGCAGGCCAGGCUCUUUGACGACGGCCUUUACCGCGCCGUCGACGUUUACCUCAAGGCGCAUCCAUGGAUAUCGGAGGCGGAGCGAGAGAAGAUCUGCGGGCUGAUAGAUUGCCAGAAGCUAACGCUCGAGGCGUGCACACACGCCGCCCAGAACGAGCGGUUGCCACUGCGCGUGGUGGUGCAGGUUCUGUUCUUCGAACAGCUCCAGCUCCGCCACGCGAUCGCCGGGACGCUGCUCGCGGCGGAGACGGGGGCGGUGCUGGAGCCGGGCCGGCAGUCAGCAUUGAGACUCGGUGAUGAAGAAGACAGCGACGAAGGCGAGGAAGAGGACGCGGAGGUGGCGGAGCAGGAGGACCCGGUAGGAGAGAGGGCGGUGGCGGUAACGGCGGGGCAGGGGAGCGUGAGCGCGACGUGGAGGGCGGCGGUGAGGGAGAACCAGGUGCUGAGGCUGGACAUGGACAGCAUGCGGACGAGAGUCCACCAGCUGGAGAGGGAGUGCUCGACGAUGAGGAAGGCUAUCGAGAAGAUCGAUCAGGACGGCAGCGACGAUGGCAAUGGCGGCCGUGCCGAUGGAGGGUGGAGAGGGUCAUUGACGAGGAAGUUCGGGUGCAAGUUCAAGACCCAGGUGUGCGACUCGCACGAGCCAGCGGUGGUCGAUACGAGGAAGGGAAGGCACCGGCAUCGCCGCUAACAGACCUCGUCUACGCAACUACCUCCCCGACCACCGUAAUAGUCCGAUCAUCGUGAUUGGUGCAUCUUCGAGGCACGGAAAAUUGUAGCACGCACAUGUGAGCAUUAAAACCCGAUUUGUUACCGUAGAAAUUGGAUAUCAAUUUGUUCUUUCCAGAAUGCCACAUAACUCUAGGAGCAAACGAGAAAU